AUGGCCACGAAGCAUCACCCCAACCUCGUGCGUCUGCUGGGAUACUGCAUUGACGUGGAUGUGGCAGCAGAGCGCACGGAGCAGAUCGUAAUCUAUGAGUUCAUGGAGAAUGGUGACCUCGAGCAGUGGAUCGGCCCAGGUGUGCCUACGCCCUUGACUCUGCGGCAACGCAUUGACGUGCUCAUCGGGGUGGCCCAGGGCCUGCAGUACCUCCACAGCUUCAACAUCGUGCAUCGCGACAUCAAACCCGCCAACAUCCUGCUCGACAAGAAGAUGCAGGCUAAGGUGGCUGAUUUCGGUCUGGUGCGGCUGGGAGAGGGAACCACUGUGGUCGCGACGAGAGUGAUGGGAACACCAGGCUAUGUGGACCCUGCGUACUUCAAGUCACAGAAGGCCACCCCCAUGGCUGAUGUGCACAGUUUUGGAGUGGUGAUGCUGACAAUGAUUACGGCCCGGAAGGCUCUAGAGUGCUUGGACGAAGGUCAAAUCAACCUCAAGCAAUGGGUGCAACCCUUACUCGCCGAGAACAACGCGCAGGCCAUCAAGGAUCCACGUCUGGAUGCUCCAAACGACCUCAUCCUGAAGCUCGCCCGCUUCGCCCUCUCCUGCACCGCUACACCCGUCGCCACCCGCCCCUCCAUGGCCCGCAUUCUCUCCGACCUCACCGCCAUGAAGGAGGAGUUUCUCGGCCCGGACCCAGACCCCCUGGUGGUUCGGAUUGAUAGUGACUUGGAGAACCGCCGCGGGCCGAGCUUCACGCAGGAGAUCCGGCGGGCGAAUGCGGUGGCGUCGGAGCGGGAAGGGUCGAGUGCAGGGAUGGGAUCGAUAGGGGAAAUGGAGUCUGUUGAUAGCGGUGUAUGA